UAUUCUCCGUUACCAAGGCAUUCUGAAGGCAAACACUAGCCGGAUUGCUAGGCUAGCAAAUCUGCCGGAUAAUCUUAUAGCUAUGAUAUAACCUCUAUUUAGCCUCUUCACCGAGUCAACCUAUAAGUACAACAGUUUCCUAGAACCCUCGACUCCAGCAUAUUACCAUUUGCUUACCGUCUUUUCGCUGCGUGGCCCAUUAGAGGCUGAAACACCCUUUUCUUUUGGAUCCUCUCAGUCUACAAGCUAGCUAACUUAGUAACGUUAACGUUAGCUGCACAGCCACCAUGGCUGAAUUUGGGUUUAAUGAACACCAUCAGAAUGAAGUCAUCAACUACAUGCGAUUUGCACGUUCAAAGAGGGUCCUGAGACUAAAGACUAUUGAUUCAUGCUUUGAGGAACUCAAAGAUAGCAGGCUUGUGGAGGAAACCUUCACAGUGGACGAGGUGAAGGAGAUGCUGGAUGGGCUGCAGGCGGUGGUGCGUGGGGAAGUGGAGAUGGAGCUGAUCAACACUGCCCACACCAAUGUGCUGCUGCUCAGGCAGCUCUUCUCACAGGCUGAGAAGUUUUAUCUUCGACUGCAGAGUGAUAUCUCAGAGCUGGAGAACAGGGAGCUGUUAGAACAAGUGGCUGAAUUUGAGAAGACUGACUUUAAAACCGCCGAUAAGAUAAACCAGGAAAUAAGCAAACCCAAGCUAGCACCACUGAAUGAAGGUGGGGUGUCUGAACUUCUUAACAAGGAGAUAGCGAGACUACAGGAGGAAAAUGAUAAACUGAAAGCCAGGCUGCGGACUUUAGAAUCCCAGGCCAUGAGUGCCUUGGAUGAGAGAACCAGGGCAGAGAGAGCUCUGAAAGACCUUCAGAAGGUGCAAGGUGAUCAGCAGCUGGCUUCUAAAUCCCAGGAGAUCAGCAGUCUUGAGGACACAGUUGCAGCUCUGAGGGAGGACUAUGAAAGGUCUCUUAGUGCCAAAUCUGCCUCCCAGAAGGAUCUGCAGGAGAACCUGAUCUCUGCCAAACAUGAGCUUCUCCGAGUGCAGGAGCAGCUGUCCUUGGCAGAGAAGGAAUUGGACAAGAAGUUCCAGCAAACUGCUGCCUACCGCAACAUGAAGGAGAUCCUGACCAAGAAAAAUGAGCAGAUCAAAGAAAUCAGAAAACGAUUGCAGAGAUAUGAGCCCAAUGAAUGAGUUCCACCCAAGACAGCUGGUUAAACAGGUGUCCAGAGGGGAAGACAGGACCAAAAUUUAUGUCUGGGGUUUGGACAAGAAACCAUCGGUUCCACUGCUGUAAGACGAGAGAGACAGAAAAAAGCACUUCCACGAGGAAUUGUUUAUUCACGCUUUAUCUGGUAUCCUCAGUAGUUUUUGGCUUUAGUACAGUGUGAGCGGGGAGGUCAACAGUACACACAACUGAUCACACUAAUGAAGUAGUGGCAAGUUAUAGCCUUUUUCAGCUGUGCUUUUUUUCUACGCCUGAUUUUUGGAGUUCACUUACAGUAGCUAGCAGACUUCCCUCAGUGCUCUAUGCAAUUACUAUCAUGUCCCUGUUUGAAGAGGCCUUGUCCAUUUUGCUGAAUUGGACAGAUACGCACUGUCUGCCUGAAGAGUUGCAGUCUUAUCUAUCAGAUGGUUAGAGGUGAUAUUUAGCUUUCUAGCAUCCCGUUAUUCAGAUCAUUAAUAUUUUAAUUUUAGCAGCCUCCUUUUCUAGUCACAAUUCAAACAUUGUUAGACCCAAGCAAACCAAAAGCCAGUUUGUUUAUUAAAAGUAAACAGCUUCAAAGUAAUAUUUCCUAUCUUUUUGAGGUCAAACCUGCUUUAAUUUGUUACCGAAAGAUUUCACGCGAAAAUAUUUUCAAUGAUCUGACAUUCUGUGAAAGUCUGAUCAUCGGAAAUAUACCAAAAUUUCUUGCGUUUAUUUCUUCUGCUUUUGCAUAUUGAAUGACGUGGAUAGUGACAUAGAAUGAUUUCCCUACUUCCCUACACAAAGGGCAUAGAAUAUUUUUGUCCGGAAUAAUUUAACUGUGUACUUUUCGUAUUGCUGUGGGUGACGGAGUGUAAGAGAAAAAAAAAUGAAUAUAUACAUGAUGUUCAUGAAGUAAUGCUCUUGUAGAGUAUGAUACAUCUACCCUAUAUUACACUAGAUGUGCAUUUGUUUGUAUUGUGCAAAGUAUGGGGUAAUAAAAGCUGUUAACAAA